UAAAAAUACGACACAGACUCACGACUGCGAAGUUCGUGAAUGCAAGUUUCACCCGCACCGGUCCCUAGUUAAACCUUGAAGAUAUUUCCGACCGGAUUUCGCCGCGAAGUUGUACGUGUUUUUGGAUUUGUGUAACAUUCUAGUGCUUUUAAAUACAUUAAGUUAAUAGUGACUUCAUUUUAAAAUAUAUUUUGUGUUAUUGUGUCUCAUAAAAAAAGUCAAAAUGUUCAGUUCAAUCGCGGGGGCGUUCAAGAGCAUUGGAGAGAAGACAGCAGCUCUCUUCGACCGCAAGAAGAAAGAUGCCGAGACCUUGGCCGCGGAGAAGGCAACCGAAGCUGCUCAUGUGGUGGAAGACCAGGUCAAGAAGGCCGGCGAGCUGGUCGGAGGAGCCCAGAAGAGUGCUAGCGACGCUGCUGGGCAAGCCAACGAAGCCAGAAACUCUGCCAUCGACGCGUUGAACAAGGAGCUGGACAAAGUCUCGCUGGCCGCUGGUGAGGCCAAAGACGCAGCCGGAAAAGCUGUCGCGGACACCAAGAAAGUCGUCGACACCACCAAAGACACACUCGCUACGACGGUAGACAAUACGAAGAAGGCAGCUGAAUCUGCGUACAACACAACUAAAGAUACAAUUAGUAGUACAGUAGACAGUGGUAAGAACGCUGCAAUGUCGGCAGUGGAGACGGGCAAGACAUAUGUGGACAGUGCUAAAGAUACUGCCCAGCAUAGUUUGCAAUCGGCCGUCGACGCUACCAAAUCGGUCGUGAGUUCCGCUUAUGACAUCGGCAAUUCAUAUUACUGUAGCGCUAAAGAUACCGUAUCCAACACAGUUCAUGCCACAGUAGACACCACUAAGAAUGUAGCUGCCUCAGUUUAUGAUAAAGGGGUUUCUGUCGCAGGAGCUGCUAAAGACACCGUAGCCAGCACAGUUCAUGCCACAGUCGACACCACUAAGAAUGUAGCGGCUUCAGCUUUUGAUAAGGGAGUUUCUGUCGUUGGUGUUGCCAAAGAUACGGUAGCAAGCACUGUAGAUAGCACUAAGAAAGCCGCAGAGAGCACAAUCGAAACUGGAAAGUCAUAUGUCGAGUCUGCCAAAGACACCGUAGCCAACACAGUUCAUGCCACAGUAGACACCACUAAGAACGCAGCGGCUUCAGCUUAUGACAAAGGAGUUUCUAUAGCAGGAGCUGCUAAAGAUACAGUAGCGAAUACAGUUCAUGCCACAGUAGACACCACUAAGCACGUUGCAGCUUCAGCUUUCGAUAAAGGAGUUUCAAUCGUUGGUGCUGCUAAAGAUACAGUAGCAAGCACUGUAGAUAACACUAAGAAAGCCACAGAGAGCACAAUUGAAACUGGGAAGUCAUACGUCGACUCUGCCAAAGACACCGUAUCCAGCACAGUUCAUGCCACAGUAGAUACCACUAAGAACGUAGCAGCUUCAGCUUAUGAUAAAGGAGUAUCUAUCGCAGGAGCUGCUAAAGACACCGUAGCCAACACAGUUCAUGCCACAGUAGACACAACUAAACACGUUGCAGCUUCAGCUUUCGAUAAAGGAGUUUCAAUCGUUGGUGCUGCUAAAGACACAGUAGCGAGCACUGUAGAUAGCACUAAGAAAGCCGCUGAGAGCACUAUUGAAACUGGAAAAUCGUACGUUGACUCUGCCAAAGGCACCGUAGUCAGCACAGUUCAUGCUACAGUAGACACCACUAAAAACGUUGCAGCUUCAGCUUAUGAUAAAGGAGUCUCUAUAGUUGGGGCUGCCAAAGAUACGGUAGCAAGCACUGUAGAUAGCACUAAGAAAGCCGCAGAGAGCACAAUCGAAUCUGGAAAGUCAUAUGUCGGGUCUGCUAAAGACACCGUAGCCAGCACAGUUCAUGCCACAGUAGACACCACUAAGAAUGUAGCGGCUUCAGCUUUCGAUAAGGGAGUUUUAAUCGUUGGUGCUGCCAAAGAUACAGUGGCGAACACUGUGCAUAGUACUGUAGAUACAACUAAACAUGUGACGGCUGCGGCUGUGGACAAAGGAUCCUCUUUAUUUGGCUCUGCUAAAGACACCGUUGCAUACUCAGUAGAUACAACUAAGAACUUAGCUGAAAGCACUGUUGACACUGGAAAGUCUUACUUCGAUUCGGCCAAAGAUACGGUAGCGAACGCAGUUCAUGUCACAGUAGACACCACUAAGAAUGUAGCAGCUUCAGCUUUUGAUAAAGGAGUCUCUAUCGUUGGGGCCGCGAAAGAUACAGUAGCGAACACAGUACACAGCACAGUAGACACUACUAAGAAUGUUGCUGGGUCUGUUUAUGAUAAGAGUGCUUCACUUGUUGGAGGUGCCAAAGAUACAGUAGCGAGCACUGUAGAUACUACUAAGGAUUUCGCUGGAUCUUUAUAUGAUAAGAGUGCAUCACUUGUUGGAGGCGCUAAAGAUACCGUAGCUACCACAGUACAAAGCACUGUAGAUACUACUAAGAAUGUUGCUGGAUCUGUUUAUGAUAAGAGUGCGUCACUUGUUGGAGGUGCCAAAGAUACCGCAGCCACCACAAUACAGAAAUCAGUAGAUACUACUAAGAAUGUUGCCGGAUCUGUUUAUGAUAAAAGUGCGUCACUUGUUGGAGGUGCCAAAGACACAUUAACUAGUUCAAUUAACAGUGCAUCGGAAACUGCUGACGAUUUGGUUGACAAAUCCAAAGACGCCACGGAAGGUGUACAAGAUACCAUACAAAGCAAGUUGGGUUCAGCACAAGAAUCAGCUAAGUCGACAGUAGAAGACGCUAAGAAAGCCACAGAAGAGACUUCCGAUACAAUCCACUCGACUGUGGACGCGACGAAGAAGGCUGCUGAAGACGCCAAGGCCCAGGCUCUGAAGGCCGCGGAGGCCGCCAAGGAAGAGGCCAGAAGGGCCGCCGAAGCCGCCAGAGAGGAGGCUAAGAGGGCUGCUAACGCAGCGGUAGACUCGUCCAAGAAGGCGGCGGAGAAGGCAGCAGCGGACGCGAGCAACGCAGUCAACAGCGCUGUAGACGACACUCUGAAGCGGGUGGAGGGCGCUGCCGACGAGGGACUCAAGAACGCUGGCCAGGUCGUUGAUGCCAAGAUAAAGGACGCUGACAAAUACCUCAGCGAGAAACGGGACACGUUCACCUCAAACCUGUCAAACGCGGCCCACCAGGGCGCGGACGGGGCUGCAGGACUCCUGAGCAAGGGACUUGGCAGCUUCGGUGGCCACAAGUAAACAUCUACUCUCAAUCGUCAUAGGGCCAUAAGUCAUAACGCUAAGCUAUUGGGGAAACUACAGAUUAGUAUAGUAUUAUAAUAUAUUAUAUUUAAAACAAGACCUAUCUAUAUUUCCCGUUAUAUUUUAUAGAAUAUAUUUAAUUAUUUAUACUAUAUAGAGUAUUAAGACAAUUAUAAUAUACAUACUGGACUCGAAAUAAUGAUAAUAAAUCAUACAUGGUGCAAUCUGUAAGUUUUCCCGUUUAUUGUUAUUGUCACAUUUUGUUUAUUACGCACAGCUAAGUGUAAUGUAAGUUUUAUCUCUGUUACAAACAGUACAACUUAAGUUAUUCACGCGAGAAUUAUAAUGAAAAUACGUAACGUUUAUUGUAGAUAUUAUUAUUGUAUUGCGUUAUAAUUGUAUCAAAUAUUCAACGAGCAUAUUUUAUUAUCUGGAUACUUUUAUUAUACUUUUUAAAUUGUGUAUUUUUUUCCUAAUUACAUUUGAUUGUGUUAAAGAAAAUACCUUUUAAAAAUAAUUUUUAGUCAAGACUCGAUUGCAAUCUCAUAAAAAAUGUAUGUUGUCGGUGUAUUUUUAUGUCUAGUUUAUAAGUUAUUUUAAGGCAUUCAACAGGAUUGAACUGCAUUUCAAAUGCAUUUUGCAAGCCUACUGUAUAACUUAACGUCACAAGCUUGGCCGUCCGUAUAUUGAAACUUACUCUAUAUUUACAUGUACAUUUACUGAACAAAUGAACUACUUAUAUGCCUACUUACACUAUAAUUUUUAAAUAAGUAAGUGACUAAGAGAGGAACCUAUUAUUCUGAUUUACAAGCGAUCAUGGUUUAGCUUAGAUAAGACCAAUUUCCAUUUGUACGGUACCUAAGCGUUCUAUAAUCUAUUAUUUAGCAACUGAAGGAAUAUUUUACAAUAUUAUAGUUUACCACGCUACCUGCUUGCAGGAUAAUGGGUUCAACUUAAGGUAAUCCCCUAUGAGCUAGUUUACACUGCUUAGCAGUAUAUUUUACGACAGAAAAUAUAUACAGAUGUAGUUAAAUAAAAUUUUAAAUUUGUUGCUGUAUUUUUCUAGUGCUUUAUAAUGUUGUUGCUUGAUAUACAUUUUAAAUAGUAGAGCAAAAUAAAUACCUUUAUUUAAUAUUUACAUUUUUAACACGAACAUGAGCAUAUAAUAGAUGUUUUGUUUGUACAAUAAACAUUUUUAAAUUCUAUAUCUUGUACCUAUAUGUUGUUUCAAUAUAUUACUUUACAUCAUA